AAUCGUUUGCAUUGUCGUCAUGGUCUCGAGGCUGUGCCGAGCAUUGGCCUCGAACGCUGAGGCGAUGAAGCAGCAUUUGGCCAGACACGAUCAGGAUGAAAAGUCGAACUGAGUCGGUGCACGCGCGCUAAUGAUCGCGUAUUCAGCCACGUUCAUCGACAUCGACACAUGUCCAAAUUCUUCAAUGUCAUCGCUGAUCCACGUUUGCAGGAACAUAGGAGUAGCUUAUUAUCAAUCGUAAUAUCGGGUUUGUUUACUUUGUGUAUAAGGUCGAUCCUAUACUCCAGCCGAGAAAGCUCGUCCGAGUCGUUUAUUGAUGGGUCUCUCCGGAUAGCGUGGAGGACUGCCACAUGCCAUAAGUACGCAAUGAUGUUCAUUGCAAGUGUUGAACGAAGCUUGAAGCUUGAAGUGUCGGCCACUGUAUGCUCUCAGUUCUUAUGCGGGGUGCUAUUAACUGAUUGCCACCACAGAAAUUCUCGUUGAUACAGUACUGGCUCGUAUAACUCCAGGCUGAUAGGGCUGCAUACUGGUGCUCUGUCCGACCACUGCUAAGACGGAAUCGUAAGAUACCGUUUCG